AAACUUUUGCAGAGACUUACUUUUCAUAGUUUCAGCUUUCAAACAUGGCGCUCCAAGAAUUGCCAGAAAAAGUGCUCAACGAGAUACUGAGCAAGCUGGAGCCAAAACAUCGUCUGGUCGUUCGAAAAGUGUGCCGUAUACUGAGACGGCUUGUCAGUUUCGAAGUUAUUGAUUUUAAAAUUACAAGCGAAGCAAAAGUAGAGCUGAAGUUUGACGAAUUUUGCAUAAAAUGGCCGAGGAAAAUUAAAGGAAAUGACUGCAUCGGAAUGGCGUUGAAUGAUUUGCAGUCAUGGUUGAAAAUGCCUUUGAAGAUGCUUUGCAUUGACACUGGUGAACAAACCGAACACUUUGAGGAAUUGAUUGAUAGGCUCAAAUCAAUGAAGCCUGUGCAGGCCGAUAUUCUUGGUUUGUGGAUGUCGGUUGAUCAGUGCAUUAAGCUGUUUCCCUACUUCGAAGCAGGCAAACUAGAGAGAAUCGCAAUGCAUUAUGAAGAAGAAGAACUUGAUAAGUUUCAUGAGCUCACUUUGUUGGAGCAAUGGAAGAAGGCAAAACGUCUGCUUUUUGAACCACAAGUCGGAGUUGACACGAAUGAGACGCCAAUUGAAGCAUUCUUUCAUCGUGAAUUUUUCACUCUUAACGUUCUACAGAUUUCAGAUCAAGAUGCCAGGAAGAUCAAAGAGAUUCUUCUCAAGAAGCCAAACUUCAAAGGCUGCGUAUUUGAAUGUUGGACAGAAACAGAUGUUUCAAGAUUGUUUCAGCCAAUCAUUGAAUUUCCGAGGGAACAUCCUGAUACGGCUAAGUUCGAAUACUCUACCAAUGGCUCUAAAUUUUCUAUCGUUGUACAUUGUAGAUGGAGCGUGUAUAUCUCCAGAAUGUAGUCUAAUUUGUUAAUACACAUGAAUAAUAAAUAUUUGUAGAGUUUAGAAAA